AUGCCGGCUGCAAUUUCUGUGAUUUCGUCGACGUUGGUCGGAUGUGUUGGAUGUCAGGCUGGAAUUGAAUAUUUACAGACGUGAGUUGGCCUGACUUUUGAGCUGAGAAUUUUAAACUUUACUCGAAAAAUACAUUUGGAAUUGAAAUUUAGAAAAUUGAAUUUUCUUGUAAUUUUUGGUCGUAUUUUUUGAUAUUCGGAAUAAAUUUUAUUUCGCCCCAGGAAUAAACUGCUUAGAUAAUAUUAAAGAAUAAUUUCAUAUUUUAGCUUAAAAUCUUUCAAUUCAAAAAAUCCACGUGGCAGACGGGAUGAAAAAAAUCUAUUUUCAGCGUUUGAAAAUGUUUCACCUGGUAACAAGAAUUUUUUUCACAAACCAGCUGAAAAUUUUUGUGUCUGAAAAAACUCGAGACAUCUUGUGAAAAAUCUAAAAAAAAAAUGGAUAAAAAAUAAAACUCGAAAAGAAAUUUCUAGAUCCAACUGAUAAUUGUCUAAAAAUUUAUAUUUCAACUAUUUUGUUUCCAGAUACGUCAAAAACAGUCUAAAUCUCAUCACAUUUGCUUCGUUCGUAUUUACCGCAACUUAUGGUCUCAUUUUUCAUUCGAAAUUUUUCACGGUUCCAAAUCAUAUUCCAAUCAAAAGUUAUGCAUCAAUUGUCGCGAUUUUCUUCACUGUAAAUAUGGCUAAUAAUUAUGCAAUCAAAUUUGCUAUUUAUUUUCCACUUUUUAUUAUUUUCAAGUCGGUGAGGAAUUUUGGAGGGUUUUUUUUAGAAAUAUUUAAUUUUUUUAAUUUCGAAAAAAAUCUUUUUAAAAGUUCAAUUUUUUCAAAAAAUAACUCACAAUCGAACAAAUAUCGUAGAAUCUUUUUUAUUUUUUUCAUGGUCCCAUUCAGUAUUUCAAAAACAUGUUCCCUAUUUUGAUCCAAUAUUUUUUAGGGUACACUAAUAGCAAAUAUGUCAAUGGGUUAUAUUCUUCGAAAUUAUCGAUAUAAUAUAAAACAAAUAAUGGCUGUAAUGGUUGUCACAGCUGGAAUUAUAAUUUUCACAUUAGCCAGUUAUGAACCGAACAGUGAAAUGAUUCGAAUUGGAAUUGAUACAUCAAAUUGGAUUAUCCCAAUUCCACCAUUUUUAUGUGGAAUUGCUCUUUUGUCAUUUGCCCUAAUUUUGAGCGCAUAUUUGGGUUUAUAUCAGGAAACGUUUUAUCAAAAACAUGGAAAACACAACGAAGAAAUGAUGUUUUUUGUGCAUUUUUUGUCGAUUCCUGCUUUUGCGUUGAUUGGAAAUGAAAUGGGAGAGGCAUUUGAGUCGGCUAAUUCUACACCAUCUUUUGAAGUUUUUGGAAUUGAUAUGAUUGUUCCAAGAGCUUGGGUUUAUAUUUUGAUUAUAUGUUUGUUUCAGUAAGUUUUUUGGUUGAAGGCAGCUAUUUUCCCUAAAAUUCGAAAAUUUUAUUCUAAACUUUUUCUUAUGAAAGUUAUAUUUUUAGAAUCUUAAAAUUUCGGUUGUUCAAUUUUUUCAUUUUCAUUCAAUUGAAAAACCAGGCAAAAUAUUUCAAAUAUUCAUAAUUUUUUAUUAAACGUGAACUUUUACAUGAAAAUUGAUAAAUAAUUUUUUUUUAAAUAUUGACUCGAACUUUGGUCGAACUAUGAGUUUCUUACUUUUUCUUCUAAAUUUAGACACAUUCCAAUUAAUAAUUCAUCUCGAAAUUUAAUUAGCCUAAUUAUUUUUCAUCAAAAAUAUCUUUGCAGAUUUCUAUGCACUCGAAGUGUUUAUUCACUUUCAUCUGUCACAACUUCAUUAAAUGUAACAAUGGUUCUAACACUCCGAAAAUUCUUCUCAUUAUUGAUCUCAUUUUUGGUUUUUAAUAACAGUUUCAACAUGUUUCAUAUAAUUGGAGCAAGUUUUGUUUUUAUUGGCUCAUUCUUGUUUUCAACUUCUUUCAAAUCAUAA